AUAGCCGGAUGUUCACCAGAUUUAUAAGAAGUGGAAUCUCCAGUCAAAAUAGAGGAUUAUUCAGAAGCAUGUCCUCCUUAGACGCUAGCAGUUUAGUCAUCAACAAGACCACCACUCCAAAGGCCAAGUUACCUAACGACCAGUUGGUAUUUGGUAAGACCUUCACCGAUCACAUUUUGGAGAUCGAAUGGACUGCUGAAAACGGAUGGGCCACUCCCACCAUCAACCCUUACCACAAGCUCGAGUUGGAUCCAAGUGCUGUUGUCUUCCACUAUGCCUUUGAAUUGUUCGAAGGUUUAAAGGCUUAUAAAGAUGCGUCAGGUAACUCUAGAUUGUUUAGAGUUAACAAGAAUAUGAAGAGAAUGAAUGCUUCUGCUGAAAGAAUUGACUUACCAGCGUUUGACGAAGCUGAAUUGUCCAAGUUGAUUGCAAAGUUUGUUGAAGUGGAACAGGAUUUCAUUCCUGAAGGCCACGGUUACUCCUUGUACUUGAGACCCACUAUGAUUGGGACCACUGCUUCUUUGGGAGUAAAUACUCCAGACAAGGCCUUAAUCUUUGUCAUUGCUUCUCCUGUUGGACCAUACUACAAGACCGGAUUCAAGCCAGUAUCGUUGGAAGCUACUGAAAAUGCCGUCAGAGCUUGGCCUGGUGGAAGUGGUAACAGUAAAUUGGGUGCUAACUACGCUCCUUGCAUUAAACCUCAAAGAGAAGCUGCUACCAGAGGCCACCAACAAAACUUGUGGUUGUUUGGUGAAGAAGGAUUCGUCACCGAAGUUGGAACCAUGAACGCAUUCUUUGUGUUUGAGACUGAAGAUGGAAAGAAGGAAAUCGCUACUGCUCCAUUGGACGGAACCAUCUUGGAAGGUGUUACCAGAGAUUCCAUCUUGGAUUUGUGUAGAGAAAAGUUGGACCCUAAUGAGUGGAUUGUCAGCGAACGUAAAUUCACCAUCCAUGAGGUUAAGGAAGCCUCUGCCAAAGGAAAGUUGAUUGAAGCUUUUGGUGCUGGUACUGCUGCCAUUGUUUCUCCAAUCAAGAACAUUACUUUCAGAGGGGAAGACAUCAAUGUUCCAGUUGCUUUAGGAUCUUCAGGUGAGUUGACCAAGCAAUUGUUGGACUGGAUUGAACAAAUCCAAUAUGGUGAAGCGGAGUACAAGAACUGGUCUACUCCUACCAAGGAUUACUGAUUGUCUCAGCUGGGCGUUUUCAUUGUGUGUAUGAUAUAGAAAAAUUUAGAAUUUGUUAUUA